GGUGUGUCGGUGAAGAGACACCCAGCAUUUUCUCAUCGCUGAAACGCCCGCCAUGGCCCGUGUAGAGACGCCCAGCCGCCCAUUGCCCUCAGAGUCCCAAAGAAUCCCAUGCAGUUCACCUUCAGAGGGUUGGCAGCUGUUGGAUGCUCCAGCGGCCGCGCAAAAGACGGUGGCCACAGUGAGUAUGAUUGACUGUUUGUGGGAGAAGCUCACGAAGGUUAGCGAUGAGGUGGAGUCCCUCUUGUUAUGGCGAGACCGGGAUUCCCGCGAGGAACGAGACCCCGCAGUGGCGGAAAGUCAUCCGCAACUGGAAGAACUGGCCAAGGUUUGUGGCGCCUUACAGGCCGACCUCCAGGCGCAUGGCGAGCGAACGCAGGCCACGGAGCAGCAGCUUCGAGGGGACCACUCUGAACUUCGCUCUGAGAUGCUGAGAGCUUUAAACCAGGAGCUGGAGGGCCUGAAGGCCUUUGUGGAGGAGGGGCAGCAUCAUGUCACACUUCGCAAGGAGAUUGACCAGCUCAAAUAUGCAUUCGAGGUGGGCAAGGAGCAGUCCGCCAUGCAACAACAGGAAGCUCAAGAACAGCGCUCCGCACUGCGAAAGGACGUGGAGUACCUCAAGCACGCACUCGAGGGUCAAGAGCAACGCUUGGAUCAGCGCUUGAAGACGUCCAUGGAAGCCUGUGAGCUAAGCCAAUCCACCGCCCUGGAGAGAAGCCGCUUAACCCUUCGGCAGCAGAUGCAGGAGGAUUUGGAUCGUCAGGAGCAACAGCUGGGGCAGAUGAAGCAGCGCCUGGUUGAGACCCGUGAUGAAGCCUUUGAUGGGCUCCACCGUUUGCAGAAGCACAUGGACCUCUUGGAAGGAGAGCAGGGCCGAUUCUCCAGAUCUUCAGAGGAACUGCGACAAAAACUGGAGACCGCUCAGGAAGACACCAGGAAGUGCUUCGAAGCCCGUGACGGUCGCCUUCAAGCUGCGGAUGCAGGCAUCAAGCAGAUUGUUGAUCAGCAGUCGUUACUGGAGAAGCAGCUGCAAGCACAGCAGCAAGAGUGGGCUCUCCGAUGCGAAUCGAUGUCACAAGAGAUUGGGGAGAAGUUUGAUCGAGCACUGCAGCUCUUGCAGGAGAAGGGGCAAGAGUUGAGUCAACAAAGCAAGCAGCUAGUAUGCAACCUCCGUGAAGAAUUGGGAGGACAGCUGCAGGAUUUGGGUGACCGUGAGGUGGCACAACGGCAAAGCCUUGAAGAGCGGUCAAACCAGCUCUUGGACCUGGGCUUGCAAAAGUUGGCCAAGGAGGUGGCCGAGCGAAUCGACCGACAGCAGGAGCAGCAGCGCUUGGCGUCGCUGUCCGCAGAGAAUCGCUUGUCCGGGCAUUUGGAGAGCUGUUACCAACGUUUGGGCGCCCAAGAGUCGUGGCGCAGCACCUUCCAGGAGCGGGAAGCUGGUCGAGAGUCCUAUGUGAAGAGAGUGGCAGAGCAGCUUCAGAGAUUGGAAGCAACUUGCAAAGAGAUUCCUGUGCUGCAGUCACGGAUCGAAGAAGUCCGCCAAUCCGUCAAGGAAGACAUGGCAGCGAGUGCCAUGAAUGCCUUCCAAGGAGAGAUGCGCCUUUGGGCUAAGAUGGCUCAAUUGGGAGUGGCGCCGCCCAGCUGAGGGCCGACGAUAGGACCGGGCUGAGGGCCGACACAACUUCCGAAUCCGUGUGCCAGGCUCAAGGACCGAUUCGGAUAGACAAGAAGUUUCUAGCAAGUAUUUGCCAAUAAGGGUUUUCCAAGCUUUCCAUGUUGAGGGGACUCGUGACUCGAGGCUUUCGUUCUUUUGGCCACCAAUUGCUCUUCCGAAUUUGGAGGACCAGUUCAGACGGGCUCAGCUAGUCGUUGUGCUAUUUCGUUGCAAGUGCAUCCUGGAACAUCCUGGACAAUAGCUUGAAUUUGUUCUUUUGAGAUCCAGGGCGCUUAAUUCGGUCUGGGAUGAAGGAGAUGUUGCCUAAUUCGACAUCUCCUUGCAUGCAAUUAGAUGUACAGAGUCGUCAGCUAGGCUUCAUGCUUGGCAGGGUGAGGGCACCUUCACCGAAGGAGAUCCAGAGACAGCAGACUGCCCAUGUGGCAGCACCAUCUUGGCACAACACUGUGAAAAUAAGUUUAACCAGCCAAUUCAGACCCCCCAUGAGUUGGCCUGGUUCCACUGGUGUGGUGGAAGAGGGAAAGGUCAAGAGAUCAGACUGUACUUGCAUGACCCAUUGUUGUCAGACCUCAAUUGAAUUUGGCAUAACUUGGCUUUGUGUGUGG